AUGUAUCCUUUCGAAGCAUAUGAAAUUACGCAGUGGCUGCCAGAGCGCGGAGGUUAUACUCCGACCCAAACUCCGCAUACGAUUUCACAUGAACGUGGAAUACAAACAUACAAGCAGUCCACCUGCCCAUGGAAAGGGGGGACAUUUAUCAUCCACGAGCCCAAGUCCAACCUUGUCAUCGCAUUGAGCAACGGUGUCUUGGGCCUCUACCCGCAGAGAGAAGGCGGGAGCCGGGACACGGCUAAUCACGACUUCGGGCCGUACUGGAAGUGUAUGGAAAAUGAGGCGAGGUGGCUCGGCUUCGAAAAUACGGUGUCAGCCGCCUACAUAGGACAUAACAACGAAAUGUCAUGCUGGCGCUUCGCAGCCAAGCAGUUGUCUCACGGUGAUCGGGAAUCGUUUUGCGCACGGCAACAUCCUGAUGGCGGAUAUGUGCUCCUGGUCAAGUACGGGAGCGGGUUCGUACCUAUGAGAGCCGGAGGAAAGGGUGGUACAGAGUUGGUGCUGGACAAUGGGCAGAAGGAAGGAACGAGAUGGCAGUUCAUCCGAGUUGACUACCCUUGA